GCUCAUUUGAUGACGUCAGAUGCCGACAGCGAGUGCGACGGAGUCAGAGAGAAACAUGGCCGUUACCAAGGAGACAGCGCGCCAGGACCGUGCUGCCAUGAUACAAAACUUGUGAAACUGGAUCAUAUUGAAAGCAAAGAUGUCCCUUUUAAUCUUUUUACUUCUGUUCGUCCAUAUAUUUUCCCUAAUUUUAGCCAAAUGUCGCUUAUUGGAACUAACCUCUAACAAUUAUAUUAGCACUUUGCAUCCUGGGAAAAUCUGUCUGCUGUACUUCACUAAAUCUGCAUCUCCUGCAGACACUUCUUUCUUCAAGGAACUUGGCGAUUCUGUGGACACUCUUCACGAUUACGGCAUUUCGGUGGCCAAGGUGAACUGUGUGAAUGAAGAUUCUCUGUAUUACUGCACGAAGGAAAUCGCUUGUCUGUUCCGAGGAACCAAACUGUUAAGGGAGUUCCCUACCGACACCUUGUUUGACGUCAAUGCCAUUGUCGCAAAUGUUUUAUUUGUCCUGCUUUAUAAUGAAAUGAAAUAUAUAACGUCUACCUCAGAGUUUCAGGACAUUGAGAGCAACAUGAAAGGGAAGAAAAACAUGGUUUUCGUCUAUGUGCGAGCUAUCGGCAUACCAGAACACAGAGCUGUCAUGGAAGCCGCCUUUGUUUAUGGAUCUCUAUACCAGUUUGUGUUAACGACUGAAACUUCUUUACUGGAAAAUAUAAGCCGUGGAAGAUCAGACUUAGUUCCUGCAAAGCUCAUUUAUUGUCAUUGCAAAGCAGUAACGAGCCCGACCCACGAAUGUCAGAGAUCUUCAUCCGAUCAGCCUUUGAGUACCCUGAAUAUCCAUCGCUUUCUGAAACUCAUGAAUGCACCGCUUGUUGCUGAAGUGUCUGGAGAUCCUGAUAAAUUCACCAGUGUUCAUAUCCAGCUUGGCCUACCACUGGUCUUCAUUGUCUGUGAGAAAGAGACGUAUGACGCAGACAGAGAGACCGCAGAACAUGUUGCCUGGCAGCUGCUGGGGAAGGCGGGGGUGGCAACAUUAUCUAGGGACACGUCUGACCCGUACAUCCCGGGAAAUGUUAAUGUGGGUGUGAAGACAGCAGAAGAGGAUGCGCCCAUCCGAUACUUGCUUCUAGGGGAAUCCCAGGAAAUAAUAGACCUCAUCAAAAAUACUAAACACCAGAAAAAUGAGGAAUCUGCAGAAAAACCCAUCCAUGGCGAUCAAGAGACUCAAGAUGACGAGGUAGCCGAAGCUGUAUACAGAGACAGGAAGCGGGUGCUGCCCCUGCACUUAGUCCCUUCCCUAACAGCAGAAACAUUCAGGAUGAUGGUGACCAGCAAACCUCACUCAAUGGUUCUGUUUUACGCCAGCUGGGAAACUGUAUCGCUGACAUUUCUGCAGUCCGUUCUACAAAUGGCUGAAAAAUAUAAAGAUGCGUUGGACGUGAGUUUGGGAAGAGUAAACUGUGCCGAUAUGAAUGAUCUCUGUAAUGAACAGAAUAUCACUGACAUUCCUAUUGCCAAGAUUUACCAGUCAGGAAAUGACCCCCUGCUGUACACCGGAAUGAUGUGUGCCGAUGAACUCGCCAGAUUUAUCAUGCUGAGUAAGUUGGACCUCCCUCUGCGCCUGCCUACUAUGGAAGAUGCAGAAAAUUAUCUCUCUGCGGUUUUCCACAAGAAUAAUUUACCUUAUCACAGCUUUUCGGCUUUAGGAAUAUUCACUUCUCACACGGAGGAAGCAGUUGAUGCCUUGACUGAAGCUGGGAAAAGCCUGACUGGUUUUAUCAAUGUGGCCAUUUACUGUGGGGACCGAGCUGCUGCCUUGUCUGACAAGUUCGGCGUGUCUCCUCCAGCCAUCCUUUUUACCAGGAGCGAUGAUAAAACGACCUAUGGCGUUUCUCUCCAGACCUUGACGGCAGAGGAGAUUGUUCAUCUGAUCAAGUACCAAUCACUUGGAGUGUUUCCAGAGAUCACAGUGGAAAGUUUUCCUUCUUUCUUCACGCCUAAAAAGCCUUUACUGCUUUUAUUCUCAGACGGCAGGAUUGGUCACCGUGAUGGAAAAUCGAUCUCGAGCUUGGUGCGAGGAAGGUACUUGGAGUCGUAUCGGACUGGCUGGAUCAAUCUAAACAACACACCAGUUGGGUAUGGCGUACUGAAGAGGUACUUUGGGUUCAUACCCCAACUGCCCGUCCUGGUUCUUAUCCAGUUUGAUGCUAGAAGUCCUGUAUUUGCUUUACCGUCAGACCAACAUCUCACUGAAGUCAACAUCUUAUAUUGGUUAGAAAUGAUCAAAGGAGGAGCUGAACUGCCCAUCUAUUCCUUAUUGAAGAAUGAAUGGAAAGCCCCUCUGCGUGAUUAUGAUUUCCUAGCCAUCAUGGAUGGUACAGUCCCAGACUUUGCUGCUCAGAAGAUCCCUAUUAAGAUGAAAUCACAGAAAGUUCCCACAGAGGGCAGAGAAGUACGACGCCCCUUGGCCAGUUUACGUGGAACGGGUCCAAGGUUCCCAGCAAAUGACAAGGAACCCAGAACUCAUCCAGAGUUAUAAUCCUAGUGACGUGCGGCUCCGUGAAUUCCCUGGAGAAUGUGAUGGUGUUAAUCAUACUGCCAGCU